AUGGAAGUCGUCGACGGAGUUCCACCCAUCGUGCGGGGUCGCUUCGGCUUGGAACAACGGUGUGCAUACAAGCACCCCGACUUGUAUGACGAGGAGGUCCCAGAGAUCGACUUGGAGACGGCGGUUGCGCAGCCUGAGCUUGGCGCUGGCUGUGCCGUCCGGAGCUUUGUUCUGUUGGGGGACCAGAAUGCCGGGAAAUCCACGAUGUUGCACAGCUUCUGCCGCAACGGCGACGCUGGCUUCAUGCAGCUGUCUUCGCUGCUUCCGAUCCUCUCCAGCUCCUUCCUGAACACUCGCAUGGUGCCCGAGAGCUGGCUACAGGGACAGGACGACAUCAACCAGCUGAGCCUUGUGAGGGACGAGCUGCCUUUCAUGGACACCGACAUUGCGCGAGGUCUCGUAAUGCUAAGUGUGGAGAACUUCGCUUUCUUCGCCCAAGAGUUUGGCUUGUGGGACCCCAGCCGCAUGGAGGAGGCCCCUGAGUUCAUGAAGUUCGAGCCGCAGGUGCGCUUCGUGACCUUGCAGUUUACGGAGCUGGGUGGAGACCACCUGGACCGGCUCCUUCUCUUCUUGCGUGGCGACUUGGCCACGGUCCGGGCAGCCGAGCCCAGGGCCCUGGAGUCUGAGGCCGAGGAGGGCUUCUGGGCCGAUAUGCACGAGGUGCUCUCCGCUUCCUUGAAGCUUCUCCAGGAGACGACCCGCACGGCUUAUUUCAUCAACUGCGCCGUGCUCUUCCCCGGAGGACAGCUCUCCCCCGCGGCUCUGAAGCAAACGCUGCGCAAGCUCCACUUCCUGGACGAUGCACUGGGCGGUUCAGGAGGCGGAGAAAUCCUCUUCUAUUGCUCACGGGUUGCCUCCGUGGACCUUUCGGCCUUUGACGCGUCCAGGUGCUGGGCCGAUGCCAGGCGAACAGCCGCCGCCUUUGCAGAGGAGAUCGGAAAAGGCUUCCUGACCUGCUCGGAGCUCUUGGAGGGUCGUGCCGAGGACACGGGCUUGGACCUCAGCGUCUUAGCGGAGGUCGCAGGCACCGCCGCAGCGGAGGAGUGGCAGCAGCAGGAGGAGCGCGCGGCGCCACUGCUGCAGUUCCUGCGGCAAAUGCUCCUCCAGCUGAUGCAGGGGCUCAACUUUCGCCUGCGCAUCGUGGCCGUCACUUGGGUGCGGAACUAUGCGGACCACCCCGGCGACAGCCAUGGCGAUGGCAGGAGAAAGAGCUCGGUUCAGAUGCCAGCUAUAGCCGAUGAAGUCUUUGACUCGCCAGUAGCCGGACGCUUUGUGCGGCCUCUGUGGCACGUCGCUGAGAGCUGGGACUGCUGGGCCGGCUGGGGCAGUGCAAGUAUUCAGUCCCAGCUGUUGCGAGAGGUCCGUAAUGUGGCGACCCUCCUGCAGCGAUGCAGCUGUCUUGGAUCCUCACCGGAUGCACUGGUCGCCCAAGUGGCGGAAGUGGUGCUCCGCUGUGCUGCAACGGUGCGGCGCGUCGAGGGGCACGUGGUCCACGGCUGUUGGGUGACUCGGGCAGACCUGGCAGAGCACCUGGAGGAUUGCGAAGCAGAGCAGUCCACCGUGCCUCUUCCCGAGGCCGCAGUCCUCGCCGCUUGGCCACGGGCCACCCGGGCUCUUCUCGACCUGGGCCUCGCUGCCGCUCCCGCGCAGGGCUUGCCCAAGGUGGCCUUGGAACUGUGCAGAGCUCGCCCAGUGCUGCGAGUGAGGCUAAGGGAAGAUGCCAUAUGUGCACCCACCAGUGACGUUCUGUUCGUGACGGGUGCCCAAGCAGAGACUGUUCAAGAGGCCCCGAAUGCCAUCGCUUUGCCCUACGACGCGGAGUUCUUCGCGUUUCUCAGCUCCGAAGCGGCCUUGCGGGCGGUCACCGGCCACGUCGCCACGGCUGGCCUUGCGGGUGCCCAAGCAGGCAGCUUCCGGUUCGAGUCGCCGGCCUUGGUGCAGCAGCUCCAAGCUAUCCGCGCACGGCUCCGGCAGGAGUUGGAGGACUUGCUGCAGCGAGCGCUCUCCAGGUCUGCGGCAGAAGACGGGUUGCUCGGACGCUUGUGGCGCUGUGCCAGUGACUUCGCGCAGGCGGAGCUGCUGGAGCCAGGCCCAGGCUCAGACGAGCCGGCGUCGAAGCCCUCCAAGCGCUUGCGUCUGGACAUGUCUCUAGAGGAGGCCGAAGCUGCGGAUCGUCUGAAAGCCCUAGCCAAAGACGAGGGGCUUGACAUCAUCAUCGAUUUCCAUGAGCUCGACAACGCAGGGACGGAGCGCUCGGUGUCUCUGCAGCUUCCGUGA